AUAGGGGUUGAUAUUUCUCCACGGAUUUUUUCUGAAAAGUUAGAAAAAUGAAUAGAUUUUAUGGAAUUUUAAUUCCGUAAAUAAGCAUGUUCGAAUGUGCACACUCAGCUGUCCCUGCCUAUAAGAAACACGUCUUCUGAGGAACACUAUUUGAGAGGGCCAAUCCACGUGCGUAAGUCUUCAAACAUGGAUGAUGACAGCGGAACAGAGGAAUUGACUGCGGAGGAAGUUUUAUUGGCACAGCAUCGUAAAGAAAAAAAGGAAUUACGAGCUAAGAUCCAGCAGAUAAAAAAGAAUAAUAAAGAUAAGAAAAAUAAGAAAGAAGGAGCUGAACAAAUAGCGAGAUUAGAAGAAGAAUUGACACAGCGACAUGAAAAAGAACUUGAGGAACUGAAAAACUCUACAGAACAGGAAGAAGCUGUAACAAAUGGUGUAGCUGAAUUAAAUGUGGAGGAGAAUUGCAGUGAACAGCCUGAUGGUGCAGAAGAAAAUGAAGAUGAUCUUGAGGAUCCUAACCAAGGAAGAAGAAUAACCAAGGCAGAGAAGCGACGUCAGAAGAAGGCCAAAGCAAAUCGUGAACGAGAAGCCAGAAUAAAGGAAGAGAGAUCUAAUCUCAAGUUUAGUGCGAGAAACAUCGAGGCUGAGAAGAUGAAGAAAAUCCUGCAAGAACGAUCCUUAAAAAUGCAUGAGAUCCAGCCUGAUGGCAAUUGCAUGUACGCAGCUAUUGCUCAUCAAAUGGAAAAGGGUACCACGGUUGAGACACUUAGGUCACAGGCUGGCCAGUUCCUGCGAGUUAAUGCAGAAGAAUUUGCACCAUUUAUUACAGACCCCAAAACGGGUGACAUGCUGACUGCAGAGCAAUUUGAAGAAUAUUGCAAUCAGGUUGAAAACUCUCCUGCAUGGGGAGGUCAGCCAGAGUUGAGAGCAUUGUCCCAAGCAAUGAAGAGAAGAAUUGAAGUGUUGCAGGCUGAGGGAGCACCCAUUAUCUUUGGUGAAGAGUGUGAUAAGGACAGUUCCAUUCUCCUUGCUUACUAUCGUCACUACUAUGGACUAGGAGAGCACUACAAUUCCGUUGCAAAGAUUGUUCUAGAAAAUGAAGAUCAAGAAGAACAAUGAGAAUAGCUUAUUCUUUUUAUAUGAGUGAGUGUUGUCAGGGAUGAUAAAAGAGAAUAUCUAUAGAUAAUAUUAUUGGUUUGUUAAUUUCAUGAGGUGACUUCGAUUUCGUUACUCAGUACUCCUGUUUUUGUGGUGCUUGGGUUGUCAGAAUGUGAAUGUGGUUCGCUUCAGGUAAAGGUAGUAAUGAAUGGAAUAGUUUAUUGUAGAAAAGAUGAAAAUUAAUGGGAAAAGGGGUAUUUAUUAGAUUUUUAUAAUAUUUUAAAUGCUUAGUGUUAUUCACCCACAGAAAAAGUGAAAAGAGCAAAAGAGAGAAAGGGGAAGAAAAGAAAGAAAUGAGAGAGAAAGGAAGUAAGAGAGGAGGUGGGGGAAGUAUUAAAAGAGAGAAAGGGAGAGAGAUGUAAACAGAAAAAGAAAAAGAACAUGUAAGAGAGAUGGAAGUUUUACUUUCCUUUUAUAGUAAUGUGGAUCUGUGCAUAAUCACCAUUUGUGUAAGAGAUAAAAGGAGUUGUAUGUAGUCAAAGCAGUGGGAUAAAAGAUUUUACUGUUGUAAUAUUCACUAUUUCCUAUUCAUAUUUUUUAGCAGACCAAAAUGCAUUUCCAUCCCCUGUGACCAUAAAAUGUUUGCAAAGUGCUUCCUCUGUCCUUCCUUUAUUCAUAAUACUGCUAUGAUAAUGACAGAAAGGUCUCAAAAUCAACAAUAUGUAGCCAAAAGUGUUUCUUUUUCAAUAAUUUCUUCCCCGUUUGUUGUUGUCGACUUGAUCUUGGUAUUCUCUAACUUAUAGAUGUUCUGUAAUACUGAGAAACAAUAAAAUAUGGAGAGAAUUU